CUAUCGGUCCCUUUUGCUGUCCAUCUUUCCAUUUUUCUGCUCAGGCACUUUUCACCGCGCCCUUCUACCGUCAUCAUGUUCCGUUCCGCUGUCGUCCGUUCAUUGAGGGCCUCUGUGCCUCGUGCCGUCAAGCCUCAGGCUGCUCUCCAAAUCCGUAGCUCUCCCGUUGCUCGUCCAGCUCAAUUGGCUCCUCGCUUUGCCUUGCCGGCUGUCCGCUUCUAUUCCGCCCCUGCCGGUCUUAAGAAGGAAGAGGUUGAGGGCCGGAUAGUCAACCUCUUGAAGAACUUUGACAAGGUUAAUGAUGCUAGCAAGAUUAACGGCUCCUCCCACUUCUCGAACGACCUCGGACUUGACAGUCUCGACACCGUUGAGGUUGUGAUGGCCAUCGAGGAGGAGUUCAGCAUUGAGAUCCCCGACAAGGAGGCUGACGCCAUCCACAGCGUUGACAAGGCUGUUGAGUACAUCCUUGCUCAGCCCGAUGCUCACUAAAUCAUAUAAUACGAGGAUUCGGGCUUGUAAAGGGAUUAGAUAGAAAACAGCGGGGAUAUCUAGCGUUCAUCUAUGCAGGACUCUAUAGACUUGGGGUAUCUGAGUAGUGUGGCGCUAAUUGUAUGCUGAUACAUGCCGGUGCUUUCUCUUUCCUAUAUCGUGUAUAUCACUUUCAAUGCAGUUUUGAUUGAUUUGAGUUC